AAUGAAAAGCAAGGGCUGCAGGGAGGGGGGCUGUGUAAGAGGAGGUGAGAGCCAGGAGCCAGCAAACUCAUCUGUGGCUGCCGAGCACCCAGCACUGGAAUCCACAGCCAUGAGUUGGUCCCUGACAGUGAAGAUGCUGACUGGGCAGGAGAUCUCGGUAUCCCUGACGGAAUCCAUGCUGUUGUCGGACCUGAAGCAGCAGGUCUCCAAGAAGAUGGGUGUGCCUGCCUUCCAGCUGCGGCUGGCCCACCCAAAAGGCAAGGUGCUGGAGGAUGGGGUGCCCCUUGUGAAGCAGGGUCUGGGCCAGGACAGCGUGGUCCUACUGAUAGUAGAGAACAGCAAAUCCAUGAACAUCCUGGUGCACAACAACAAGGGUCGGAGCAAGGCCUACAGCAUCCACCUGACUGACACCGUGGCCCAGCUGAAGCAGCAAAUAAGCGAGCAGGAGCAUGUGCAGACAGACCACUUCUGGCUGUCUUUCGAGGGGAAGCCCAUGGAGAACCAGGAGCGGCUGGGGGAGUACGGCCUCACCCCUGACUGCACAGUGUUCAUGAAUCUGCGGCUUCGGGGUGGCGGAGACAGGUCCUAAGGAACAUGAAGUUCCUGCUCUCCAGAGGCACCUGGAGAGGGGUCUCCACUCUGAGACUUGUGAGCAUUCAGCAGCAGUAAUA